AUUCCCCCCCACCCUACUCCCGUCCCCGUCCACGCCGCCGCCGCCGCCGCGAAUUCCGCCGGCGUCCGCCCCGCGCGCGCGUGCUCUGCGCCCCCGUGUCGGCCCCGGCGGACCCCAGGACCUCCGGAUCGGAGCCCCACGCGCCUCGCCAUGGCGGCCAACGCGCUCCAGGCCCAGCUCAACGCGCUCCUCGCCUCCAUGUUCGCCACGGGUAUGGUGGACGACCAGUUCCAGCAGCUGCAGUCGCUGGAGGAGGGGGGCAGCGCGUCGGGCUUCGUCGCCGAGGUCGCCACCCUCUUCAUCGAAGACGCCGACCGGAUCAUCGCCGACAUCGCCGCCCUGCUGGACCAGCCCGCCGUGGACUUCGACAAGGUGGACGCGCACGUGCACCAGCUCAAGGGGAGCAGCUCCAGUGUUGGCGCUCAGAAAGUGAAGCUCGCCUGCAUGCACUUCCGCCAGUUCUAUGAGGCAAAAAGUAAAGAUGGGUGCCUCAUGGCGUUGGCCCUUGUUAGGAGUGAGUUCUGUGAUGUGCGCAGCAAGUUCCAGACCAUGAUGCAGCUGGGGCAGCAGAUCGAGGCCUGCAGUCCCAAGUAGAGUAGCAGUAAAAACUGAAGCAGAAGGAGCUUAGCUCCAUGUGACCCCUGACAUGAUGGUGGGGGGGCAGUGUGUAUGUAUCCCUUAAACUUGUUUGUAGGCAGUGUAACGGCUGUGUGUGUGCAGAACCGGAUUGACCGAUUCCAGCGGUGGAACUCCGGGCUCGCGACCCCUUGAAACGGAACUUGUUUGCCCUGUGUUGGAUGUACGUGUCAACCUUAUACCCGUUUGUGUCGUGCCCGCCCUCAGGCUGCGUGUAAGCUCUUACUGGUGACUUGGGUUU